AUGAGUUACACCUCGGAUGACACUGGCAAAGUGAGUGCGCCACAGGGAGCCUUCUUUCCUGGGCUCUUCCCAGGUGGUGGUCCCAGGUGGUCAGCAGAUGGCCAUGAGUUGAGCUUCGCGACCAACUACUUAGGUCACUUCCUGUUGUGCAAUCUUUUGCUGGAAGACCUCAAGAAGAGCACCGUGAAGCCAGCUCGCUGCAUCAUUCUUGGCACAGUGACUGCCAGCAUCAACGACAAGGAGGUCGGCGGCAUGAUCCCUCCUGUGGCGGAUUUGGGUGACCUGAAAGGUCUCGAAUCUGGUAUGCAGAAGCCGACCACCAUGAUCGACAAUGGUCGAUUCAAUGGAGCCAAAGCAUACAAAGACAGCAAGGUGUGCGAUGUGAUGCUGAUGAGGGAACUCCACAAGCGUCAUCAUGCGAGCACCGGGAUUGCUUUUUCGUCUCUCUAUCCAGGUUGCAUCGCUGACACGAACCUAUUCAGAGAGCACUAUCCGGUGUUCAGGUUUUUGUUUCCCAUUUUGCAAAGGGAGGUCACCAACGCGUACGUGAGCGAAGAAGAGGCUGGAAGAAGAUUGGCAAAGUGCGUUGCAGAUCCAGCCUACGCUCAGUCAGGUGUCUAUUUUUCCUGGGGUGGUGAGUCUGGAACCGGAGGUGCAGGUGGGACUGAUGCAGUGGAGAACAUGGACGCCAGCAAUGACAGGUUCUUGCAGUACGGCAGCUUCCGAACUCUCAAAGAGAGCGAGAUUGGUGGAGAUGCUGGUGAUGAUGCAAGGUGUAAGAGGUCUUUCACUUUUGGACCACAAGUGCUUGAGAGGCUUUGGGUGAAUAUGGUGAAGUGUGGUGUGAACCGCUUUGCGGCGAAUCCGGCUCAAGCCUGGCAGAGCGACUGCGGAGCGACCGCGGAGCGACCGCGGAGCGACCGCGUGGUUCAGCCCUUCAGCCAUGUUUGUCGCACCAGCUCCUUGGGUGAAUCUUGCUGGAAGUACUUCAGAACUUUGCCGGUUGGCGAUGGCUUUGAACUCUACUAUGAGGAACAUGGUCAUGCGGAUGGCAUUCCUGCAGUCUUCUUACACGGGGGUCCUGGUGCAGGGUGCUCUCGGAGGAUGGCACAACUCUUCGAUCCGGCAAAAUAUCGUAUCAUUCUCUUCGAUCAGAGAGGCUGUGGGAAAAGCACCCGGAAGGAUUCCAGCAGUGCUGAAGAACAAAUAGAUGACAAUACGACCUGGCACCUCGUGUCUGACCUAGAAGCUUUGAGGGAACAUCUCAAGAUCGACCGCUGGGUUGUGGCUGGUGGUUCUUGGGGAACUUGUUUAGCCUUGGCAUAUGCCAGUAAGUUCAGAGAGCGGGUGCUGGCUAUGGCUUUGCGAGCAGCGGCUCGGAUGCAGCGAAUAAACGAGGUUGUGAAGACAGACACUGGGACAAACAGAUCCUAUCAUAUCCUAUCGGACUUGUAA